CGAACUUGCGCAGCAAUGAAACAAAUUUUAGCGCUCAGUAUUUUUUUGUCACUACUAACAUUUAUAAAAUGUUAUUGUUGUGGCCCGAAUGAAGAAUAUAACAUUUGUGGCAGAUCAUGUGAACCCUCUUGUAAAAUGAGAGAUUUUAGUGCCGCCCUUUGCAGUACAUGUAAUAAAUAUACGCAAGGCUGCCGUUGUCUGAAAAAUUAUUUCCGAGAUGAAGAAACUAUGCAGUGUGUGGAUGCCGCACAUUGUUCAACGUGUGCUUAUGGUGAAAAAAAGUUAGCAUGUGGAAUAACGUGCGAAGGAACUUGUGCUGCGCCUUAUGAACCCAAGAAAUGUGCGCUGAUUAGAUGUGGGUUACCUCUUUUGUGCCGAUGCGACUUGGCUAAUAAUUUUGUAAGAAGUACUAACGGAGGAUGUGUCAAGAAAAGAGAUUGUCAUAAGUAUUAG